AUGCAUUCUCUCAAUGGCUAUUCUGUCUUCACUAAGGGUUAUGGGGAUUCUUUGGUUAUAUUGGCUGUUUAUGUGGAUGACAUUAUUCUAACUGGUACUGACUUAACAGAAGUUUCUGCCCCGAAGGGCUUUCUCCAUGAUCAGUUCAAGAUCAAGGAUUUAGGUCUCCUUAACUACUUUCUUGGUAUUGAAGUUCUCUAUACUUCUUCUGGGGUUUUGCUGCAUCAAAGGAAAUUUAUUCUUGACCUUUUAGAUGAGUUUCACUCUCUAGAAUGUACUCCUGUCACAUGUCCCUUUGAAUCAAAUGUGUCGUUGAAGGCCAAGGAAGGUGAACCUUUGCCUAAACUUGAAGAGUGUAGAAGUCUCAUAGGAAAGCUGAAUUUUUUGACUCAUACAAGACUUGACCUCAGCUUUGCAAUCCAGCAUUUGAGUCAGUUCAUGCAGCAGCCUUGCAUACCACACAUGAAGGCUGCUCUUUAUCUUCUCAAAUAUCUCAAGGGUUCAGCUGAUUCUGGGAUCUUUUACAACAAUGAUUCUGCUAUGUCUUUACAAGUUUUCUGUGAUAGUGACUGGGCCUCCUGCCCUGACAGUAGGAGAUCAGUCACUGGAUUCUGCAUCUUCCUUGGAGGAAGUUUGGUGGGUUGGAAAUCCAAGAAGCAGCCUGUGGUUUCUCUUUCCUCAGCAGAAGCUGAGUACAGAUCUAUGAGUAAGCAGUGGUUGAAGUUACUUGGCUAUCCAGGUUGUUUUCUAAUUUUGGUGUACUUCUUUCCACUCCUGUGCCUGUUUUGUGAUAGCCAGGCUGCCCUUCAUAUUGCAAAAAAUCCUAUCUUUCAUGAGAGGACGAAGCACAUAGAAUUGGAUUGUCAUUUUGUACGUGCCAAACUUGGAGAUGGGCUGAUCUCUCUUGUCCACACUCCUAGUGCCUCUCAAACUGCUGAUAUACUUACUAAGGUUCUACCUGGUCCUGCUCAUCACAUACACACUCGCAAGUUGGGAGUUUUGUCACCCUCCAACUUGAGGGAGGCUGUUAGAAUAAGCAAAUUAGAUACAUUAGAUGUUGGUUAA